AUGGAAAGACCACUGUCGGUCCAUGGAAAAAUUAUUCCGAACACGGUUUUUCCUCGGCCAUAAGUUCUGAAUUGACGCGUUUUUAGGGGUGCCAGAACAGCGAAAUCUGACCUUACCUAAUACUAUCAAGCGU